UAAACACAUACUGUGCCUUCUGUUAACUGUGUUUUUAUCUCCACCAUGUUGAAUUAGUGCUUUUGUGUUGCAAUUAGUUAUAUUUGAAGAUGGAUAGAAAAGCUAUAUUUUUGUUGUUGUAUUAUUACAAUCCAUAACAGGGCUAGAAUUGUGUGUUUCAUUAUUUGUCUCCUCUAUGAGAACUUUGUAAUUUUUUAAAUAGCCAUGGAGUAGUCUUUGUGUCUCUGAACAACUGGUUAUCAAUAUACAGUUUAUCGACCACGAGAACUACGCGUUUCCCUUUCAAUCUAUUUUCCUUGAAAAUUGGAUACAGAACUUUACGCCGUUCUGCAAUUUCCUUCGGGAACUGGUCAUCCAUGCCUAUUUUCGUGCCUUUUACCCAGGCUUUUAACCAUUAUUUUAUGUUUAAAGAAAGCACAUUUGGCAACGAUUGGGCGUUCAUACCUCUUCCGGAAGAUAUGUACACUUUCGAGUUGAAUUUUGUUGAUAGCUUCGCGUGGGGUCUGAUGCGCUGUAAGGAGGAACGAUCUAACUACAGAUUCGGGAACGUCUUCUUUCUCUUCGAUACCUGACAAACAUGUCAUCAACAACUUCCAAACGAAGACAUCAUCUAACUCUGAUAGCUGCUCUUGGUGUUUUGUGUUCAGUGGUACUAUUUUUUGUUUACUUUAAACCCUCAUCUACUGCAUGUUCAUCUCGGUUGGAGGAUUUGCCAUUUUUGGCAAAGGGAGAUGUUUCCUCACCUACCAAAAAGCCUGUGGAAAAGCCACUUGUGUUGCUCUGGUUCUGGCCACUGGGUGUGAGAUGGAAUUUUUCGUUCUGCCAAACCCAUUUCAACAUCGAUAGCUGUGUUCUGACAGAUGACAGAUCCCUUUAUUACAAAGCAGAGGGAGUGGUUAUUUUUCACCAAGACAUCAGCUGGGACCUGAAGAACCUGCCUCAGUCUCCUCGUCCACAUUUUCAGAAAUGGAUCUGGUUUCAUGUGGAAUCACCAACAAAUACCGCCAGAAUACCAGGUCUGGAAAACCUCUUUAACCUCACUUUGGGCUAUAGACGAGAUGCUGACAUCACAGUGCGAAAUGAAUUGACAACCGUGAAGAAUGAAAAGGACAGUGAGUUUGUGCUGCCCAAGAAGGAUAAAUUGGUUUGUUGGAUUGUGAGCAACAACAAUCCUGCAACUGGGACAGGAACCAGAGCAAAGUACUAUCAAGAGCUGGUCAAACACAUCAAGAUACAUCUUUUUGGUGCUGCUUUUACAGGGAGUCGUUUGAAGUAUGAGGACUAUUACUCAACCCUUGCUAGCUGUAAAUUCUACCUUUCAUUUGAGAAUUCAACCCACAGAGACUACAUCACAGAAAAGGUGAACGGACCACUUGUAGCAGGAACCAUACCAGUAGUCAUGGGCCCAACCAGAGAGAACUAUGAACAGUUUAUCCCAGCUGGUUCUUUCAUUCAUGUAAAUGACUUUACUAAUGCAAAGGCACUGGCUGACUUCCUCCUUCAAUUGGACAAGAAUGAUGAGAUGUACAGUGCCUUGCGAAAGUAUUCGGCCCCCUUGAACUUUGCGACCUUUUGCCACAUUUCAGGCUUCAAACAUAAAGAUAUAAAACGGUGUCAAGAGUUCUGA